CUGUAGGCAGUGCGAUGCAUUUGUUUUAUUCCAUCACUUUGAAAUCUCUGCAAUAUUGAAUCAUGUCUUCGCAGAAGACUGAUGUUCCGGUUACUUAUUUGACGGUCUUGAUGAGCUGCAAUUCCCUCUCAACUGCGCUCUCGCAUCGUUGUUAUAGAUAGCCAGGCUAAAGCCUUGUCUCGAGUGAGUGUAAGUGACCAUCCGACCCAAACCACGUGAGAAGCCAGCCUGGCUUGUGGUCUCGGAUCCAGAACGACUAAUGAUCACCUUCUCAUCGCCUUCUCUGGAUGCACGGUAUCUUCCACGCGAGCUGCCACGAGUCCUGAACCACGAACGAUGCUUGCAAGCAUCUGCGAUCCGUUCUCGACCUCCCCCCACCUCCAUUUCUCCAAAGGUGCGGACAAAUUACACCCAACAAUGACAACCUCGGGUCGGCGAGGCUACACAUGAAACCAUAUUUCUUCGCAUACAUACAGUAGCUUGGAAAAUACCCAGUCUGGUUCCGGGACUUCUUCUGGCACCGCUGUGCUCCUCUUGCAGCAAGGGGCUGUGGAGAUGAUCAAGAGUGCGGUGAUAAUACGUCCAAAUCCAUUGUCUCAAAAGGGUUUAGCUGCUGCUCUUCACGCUUAAUCAAACCUCUGCCAUUCAUUUUCCAAUAUCAGGUUAGUCCCUAUCCAAUCAAAGCCCGGAGGAGGAGCUACUUUACCGGCAAUCGCAUCUACUCCGGGCAUGGGUUGUCCUUGAGCUGGCACCUGGAUCACCGUACAAUGAGAUUGGUCGAGCAGAAUUGGUGCCCCAGUAGGUUGUCAACUCCAGCCACUGACCAUAUCAUACUAGGGGCAUACUCCUGCACACACCGGACUGUGUAUGCGGACCGCCACGUAUGUCCACAAUCCACUACCCCGAUCCUCCCUGGGGAAAGACAUCUGGGGAUCCGGAGUAUUCCCAGUGUGACUCUGCACGGUGAGGCUACGUUGUCACAUCUUCCGCCCUUCUGUCAAGACUUCACUACGGCAAUUCGACCCCCUGGUCGUUGCCGACCGCCCCGCAGCAGCCAUGGCCGAGCUCCUUAUAAAGACCUCAACAGCAGCUCCAACCACAAAGAUCCGAACCGAGACGAUCGACUCAAGUAUUCCCGCAUCACUCAGUGCAGUCAAAGACCAUCGAUAAGAACAAGACAAUAUGGGGCUCGGUGUCUUGGACGAUCACAAGCUCGAACAUGUGCCCGGAACAGCCUUGCUAGCGGACAUGAUAGAUGCCCAGCAUCAUCAAUUUCAUGGCCGCGACACGAGUGGCUUGAAGCACGGCACUGGACGAAAUGCAGAUAUUGUUCUCGUGCCUCAGCCUAGCGACUCGCCACGGGAUCCUCUUAACUGGCCACGAUGGAAAAAGGAUCUUUGCUUAUUAAUAAUAGCACUGGACACAGCGGUCGUCGGUGCUUGGGGUCCGAUGAUCUCUCCUGGCUUCGCUGAGAUGGCCGAGGAAUGGAAUAUGUCCUAUAACAAGCUCAAUGGAGGACUAGGCUGGGCCAUCUUCGCAAUCGGCAUCAGCUGUUUUGUGACCAACGCCCUUUCAGUGAAGUUCGGCCGCCGGCCCGUCAUGAUGCUAGGCAAUUUGCUGCUGUUCAUCUCGUCUGUCUGGGGCUAUUUUGCGCACAGCUAUCAUUCCCUUCUGGCUAGUCGUAUCUUUGGUGCGAUCGGAAUGAGUCCUUUCGAAGUCCUCACCACGGCAAUCAUUGGAGAUAUAUACUUUGUCCAUGAGCGAGGCCUGCGACUCGCCUUUUGGGGCCUCUGUCUCAGCGUUGGCGUGGGUGGAGCAAGUAUCAUCUCUGGCUAUAUCAUUCAGGAUAUUGGCUGGAACUGGACGUACGGUAUCUGCGCAAUCUUGUACGGCGUAUUCAUCAUUUUGAUCUUCUUUUUCGUCCCCGAGACUGUCUAUCAGCGCGAUCCGGCUUACAACUUGGAUCUGGGCACGCACGAUCACACAUUCGAGACUUUAGACGCUCAGGUGGUUAAGGGCGAACAUCCUGAACAUCUCGAAAAGACCAAGACCGGCAGCAAAGUUCACAGCGAAGUCGUCUACACCGGUGCCGACGAGAAGCCUUAUACAUUCUGGGAGCAGCUCAAGCCCGUGCGCGGAAUCGAGUCUGACGAGAACCUACUGUACAUCAUCUUCCGACCAUUUGGCAUGCUGCUGUUCCCUCAGGUCCUCUAUGGCUUCAUCACUUACGGCCUAUCAACUUCAUGGCUCGUCGUGAUGAUCAGUGUAUUGGCGCAGCUUUUCACUGGGCCGCCAUACAACUUUUCCGUCUCAGAUGUUGGCUUGAUCAGCAUCGCCGCCUUGGUCGCUUCGUUAUUGGGAUUUGUCGCCGGUCCUUUGAAUGACUGGACUGUGAAGAAACUUGCGAGAAUGAACAAGGGAAUUUACGAGCCUGAAUUCCGCCUGGCCUUGAACAUCCUUACGCUGAUCCUGGGUGUUAUUGGAUUUUUCGGGUUUGGGGCUACUUUACAAAACGAAGCGCCUUGGGCUGGGCCCGUCAUACUCUACGGCAUUAUUUACUUCUCCAUGUCAUUCUUGAACAUCGGUAUCUACGGCUACAUUACGGAGUGCCACAGAAAUAAGGCCCCCGAAGCUUUUGCGUCAAUCAAUCUACGGAACAUUUACUCUUUCGGAAUGAACUAUUUCAUUUCCGAUUGGAUCUCGAAUCAAGGACCUCUGGAAGUCUUCUCGAUCAUCGGCGGGGUCCACAUCUUCAUCCUCCUGCUCACGAUCCCCAUGUGGAUAUUCGGAAAGCGCUGUCGAAGUCUCACUGCGCGCAACCCCUUCUUCCGCAAGAUCCAGGAGUCGUGAAUAGGGGCAACGGACGAGAAGAGCGUGUUGUGCCCACCUAUGAGUCGACCGCCAGAUGCAGUGAUCAGGGAUAUGCUGGCUGUGGAAGUCUGGAUAUCCCCAAAAGGUCCGAUGCCAUUGACUUCUCAAGGGACAUGUAUCGGGUACCUGUAUCGUGCAAGAACAUCGUAUUUAGCACAAGCCUUCAGCAAGAGCUCUCUACCCAUGCAGUAUCAGUCCUGACCGAGCAAUCAAUCAGUGCUAUGUAUCCCUGCACGCCCCAG